CUCUGCACCAGGAGGAACCCAGGACCCACUGCACCAAGAGGAACCCAGGACCCACUGCACCAGGAGGAACCCACGACCCACUGCACUAGGAGGAACCCAGGACCCACUGCACUAGGAGGAACCCAGGACCCACUGCACCAAGAGGAACCCAGGACCCACUGCACCAGGAGGAACCCAGGACCCACUGCACCAGGAGGAACCCAGGACCCACUGCACCAGGAGGAACCCAGGACCCACCGCACCAGGAGGAACCCAGGACCCACCGCACCAGGAGGAACCCAGGACCCACCGCACCAGGAGGAACCCAGGACCCACUGCACCAGGAGGAACCCAGGACCCACUGCACCAGGAGGAACCCAGGACCCCCCUGCACCAGGUGGGACCCAGGACCCCCUGCACCAG